GGGUUUGAACUUUCUCCUACAAUUCACCAUCCUCAGUGACAAACUGUUACCUUUGUUUCACUUACAUGAUCAUGGUUUGAAGAUCUUUUCGCAGGUUAAGGAAGCUGGUUUUGACAGUCUGCAUUAUUACAUUCGCUCUCAAGUUUGUCUUUCAUUUUUUUAUUACAUGAUUGGUCCCUGUUCCAAUCAUGUGGAAUCCGUGUUCAUGUUGUCAUCUGGGGCAUCAAUGCCAGGAUUUGUAAUCAGCACAUAUUUUUGUUGGAAGAAUCGUGAAAAUGGGACUUGUGGAGCUUCUGUGGGUGGCAUCCAUGCCUGUGAUCAAAAUACUGCUAAUCACUGCUGUUGGCUUAGUUCUUGCACUGGAAAACAUAAAUUUAUUGGGAAAAGAUGCAAGGAUACAAGUGAACAAUCUUGUUCAUUACGUGCUUUAUCCUGCUCUGGUGGGUGGCAAUUUGGCUGACACUAUUACUUCUGAGAAUGCUGUUUUACUGUGGUUCAUGCCCGUCAAUAUCCUCAUCACGUUUAUAAUAGGCUCAGCCUUAGGAUGGAUCCUUGUAAAAUUAACAAGGCCUCCCAAACACUUGGAAGGACUAAUCAUUGGUGUCUGUUCUGCAGGAAAUUUAGGAAACUUGCCUGUAAUCAUUAUCCCGGAUAUAUGUAAAGACAAAGGUAGUCCUUUCGGAGACUCCAAUGUAUGCUAUGAAUAUGGAAUGGCUUAUGCUUCGCUUUCUAUGGCGGUUGGAGCUGUUUACAUAUGGAUUUAUGUCUACAACAUAAUGAGAAUUUCAGCAAGUAUAGUUCCUAAAGAAGAACAUAGAACUAGCUCAUUCACACAGGAGGCUUCAGGAGAGAUACUAGAUUUCCUCUCUGAGGAAGAAGACCCAAAAAAUCCUGAUAACAUGGGUGGUGAUAAUGAUGCAUACACCCUAUUGCUUUCUUCAAAUCAAUCCGAGGAGAAAGUGAAGGUAUCAAUCUCAGCUAAAAUCAAAGACCUAUCAGGAAAGUUUUUUGGCAACUCCAAUUUCAAAGCCGUAUUUUCACCAACAACUCUUGGAUCGAUUGUUGGGUUUAUUGUUGGGGUGGUUCCCCUGAUACGUAAACUCAUGAUUGGCAGCGACGCGCCACUUCAUGUGAUUGAAGACUCUGUUACCAUGUUGGGUGAAGCUACAAUCCCAGUUAUAACUCUUAUAAUGGGAGCAAACCUCCUUAAAGGCUUGAAGGGAGCAGAUACUUCAUUCAGUACAAUCAUUGGAAUAUUAGUAGUUCGAUAUAUCAUGCUUCCAAUUUUGGGUAUUCUAGUUAUUAAAGGAGCAACUCAAUUGGGUUUGGUGCAACCGGAUCCCUUGUAUCAGUUUGUUCUUCUCCUUGAAUAUGCACUUCCUCCAGCAAUGGCUAUAGGAACCAUUGCCCAGCUGUUUGGAGCAGGUGAAGGUGAAUGUUCAGUUAUCAUGCUAUGGACAUAUGCUUUGGCGUCAGUUGCAGUCACUUUAUGGUCAACCUACUUCAUGUGGCUUGUGGCUUAAUUUUAUUAUUAUUUUCUUGACAUUAAUAAGUUCUCUCUUUUCAGCCAUGGUUAGUGGAAGUACCUAUGCUGAAUGUAAUUUUGUACAAGCUUCCUCAAAAUGAUGAAAUCUGUAACAUAUUGCAAAAUUUAUCAAAUAUACGUGUUUGCUUGGUAGAUGGUAUAAAUGAUUGACCCUUCGGAUAAA